CUGCAAAUUUAAAAAACGCUGCAAAUAAAAAGAAACAGAAACGCCGCGCAAAUAAAAACGCCGCGAUGCAAAUAAAAAAGCCACAACGGAAGUGAAUUACCGGGGACUAUUAUUGCUGAUGCACAUGCGGGUUUUUUAUGUGAGAGAAGAAGAAGUCUGGGGGAUCUCCAGGAAACAUCUCUUGGGCAAUGUAUUGUCCAUAUUGUGGGACUGGUGGGUGUUUUGGGAGGUGUUGCGGCUCCUGUGGCAGCAACAUUGAAUGUUUGGCUCCCUUUCUCGAAGAUGUCACAGAAUCGAAUGAAGGAAUCGAGGCAGGCCUCAUCCACAAGUACUUCACAGAGGGACACGCUUAUGAAGUGAUACUUGAUUUUCUAGAAGAAAGACACAACAUUGUUCUUAGUCUGAGGACCUUAAAGAGGAGGCUGCAGAACGCUGGCUUAACAAGAAGGAUAGACUACACUCCCAUUGGCACUGUACACCAAACUGUUGCACAUGAACUGAGAGGCUCGGGUCGGCUGUUGGGUUACAGAGCUAUGUGGCAGACAUUGCAACAAAAGUAUCACCUGACAGUAAAAAGGGAGGAUGUUAGACAGACGAUUUCCAGACUGGAUCCAUCUGGUGUUCAACUUCGUUCCAGGCGAAGGUUUGUCCGAAGGGGAUACGUCACAGCAGGACCAAACCAAGUGUGGCACGCUGAUGGAUAUGAUAAACUUAAACCCUUUGGUAUUGCCAUCAGUGGCUGCAUCGACGGCUUUUCAAGGAAAGCUAUGUGGCUCAGGAGUGGCAGCACUAACAACGAUCCGGGCAUCAUUGCGCAGUAUUACCUGCAGUGUGUAUCGGAGUUUGGACUACUUCCAGCCCGCCUUCGCACUGACUGUGGAACUGAAAACGGCACUAUGGCAGCCAUUAACUGCACAUUACGAUCUCAACACACAGAUGAUUUUGCAGGAGCCCUCAGUCACAUGUAUGGUACCUCAACUGCAAACCAGCGCAUCGAGAGUUGGUGGUCUUUCUUCAGAAAGCAAAGGACUCAGUUCUGGAUCGAGCUCUUCAGUGACCUUAGAGAGAGGCACCUCUUCAAUGGAAGCCAUGAGCACAAGUGUCUGCUGCGAUAUGUGUUUUUGGGCAUCUUACAAAAAGACCUCGAUGAGUACAGACAGCUGUGGAACAACCACACCAUCCGACCUGUUCGCCUGUCUGUGUCCAUCAGGUAAACCUGAUGCCAUGUACCACCUGCCUCACAGGUUUGUAUUGAAAUUGUUUGGUAAUAUUACUUUAAAAUAUAUCUGACUUCAUAUAAUUUGGUGUAUCAGCCCAAUAUGACAAGUUUGUCACUUGAUAAAUAACGUGAUUCAUUUAGUCUGAAAACUCAUUAUUUCAAAAAUGAUUUCAAGUCUUAAACGACUAAAAAUGGAUUCUGAUAAAUCAGAAAAUGUCCAAAGCUAUUCUGUCGAUUUAUCUUACUCAAUUCCAAAAAGUACCUUGUGUUAGAAAGUGAGUAGAAUGACCAUAUUUGACUGAAAGAGCUGCUGUCAACCUGAGAUUAACUUCUCAAGUGUUGUGAGUCUUCAUAUGAAGUGAAUACUUAAAACGAAAGUUAAUUGAGAUCAUGGUAUGAAGUGAAUACUUAAAAAACGAAAGUUAAUUAUAAAUCAUAAUGAUCAAUCAUAUUCUUGUAUAAACCCAUAAUGAGAAUGCUUCUUGACGGUUUUUGAAUAUGUAUCUAUGCUUACAAUUUUU